AUUUACCUCCAAUGCUAGUAGGUAAAUAGAUGAAUAUGUUAAUAAACUUACCGACUGUGUAGUUUCAUGUCGAGUGCGGUACCAAUCUGUUAUAAAAUUGGUUGCGGUGCUGUGCGGGAAGUCGCCUUAAAUCUAACACGUGUGGGGCGGUAUGAAAAAGUGUCAAGCUUAUGAUGCCCACGUGAGAAAUAAAUCGAAAUAUCAGUCGAACGGAACUAGUUUGAAUAAAGAAUCAACAAAAUAUUUAAACUAUGGCAAUGAAGAUCAAAUGGGAAUUGAAGGAUUCGUCCACAGUAACUUGAAAUCGAACUUCUUUUUGGUGUUGUAUAUUCUGACAGUAGGAACUCUAAGGAUAUUUUUUCACUGGUAUCCCAACUUGUACAUUAAAGCAACACAUACUAGAUCCAGUCUUAGAUACGCGGAAAGAGUUCUCAUAACCGAUGUUUAUAAGAAGUUCAAAACAUUUUUCAUUAAGGACGUAAAGAUCGUAGAAGCCAAUGAAGAAGGAUCGACCGCGAAUCAAAAACAAGAAAAUAUUUUGGAAUGCAAUUUAUGCGAUGGUAGACAAAAAAGAUUAACCCGAGCUCGCAUUAUUAGACUUAAGAAAUUAUUAUAUAUUUGGGACGACGAAACAGAAAAUUUUGUAAAAUUAGCCGGGUUCGAUACUGGCGUAACUAGGGCACAAUUACACUCUUUAAAAGGUCAAAGUAAAGAGAAACAAGAAGUGAAGAGAUUAUUAUAUGGUGAUAACGAAAUAUCAGUUCCAGUUCAAUCAAUAUUAACACUACUAGCACUAGAAGCACUAACACCAUUCUACAUGUUCCAAUUGUUCAGUUUAAUAGUAUGGCUUUGUGAAAGUUAUUAUUACUAUACUGGUGCUAUAUUUGUAAUGUCAGCAUUCGGUAUUUCCACCUCUAUUAUUCAAACGAGAAAGAAUCAAAGAAAUCUCAAAGGAACAGUCAACUUGGUUGAUAAAACCCUAGUUUGUAGAGGAAAUGGCAUUUUCGCCGAAAUACCCACAACGGAAUUGGUACCAGGAGACUUGAUAGCUAUCCCACCAGGAGGAUGUGAUAUGCAAUGCGAUGCAGUAUUAAUAACAGGAAAUUGUGUUGUUAAUGAGAGUAUGCUAACAGGUGAAUCUGUACCUAUAACGAAAACGCCAUUAGCGAAUGAUUCUAUGGCGUUUCAGCUGAAAGACAACGUAAAUCAUAUCCUCUUUAAUGGAACAAAAAUUAUACAAACCAGAAGUAACCAUAAUGAAAAAGUCUUCGCCGUAGUCAUUAGAACCGGUUAUUUAACAACGAAAGGAGAGCUUGUUAGAAGUAUUUUAUAUCCACCACCUGCGGAUUUCAAAUUUGAUACUGACAGCUAUAAAUUUAUAGGAAUUUUAUUCGCAAUUGCUACUUUGGGAGUCAUAUAUACAGUGGUAUCUAAGAGUACCAGACAAAUAGAAACAACUGAUAUACUGAUUAAAGCUUUGGAUAUAUUUACCAUAGCAGUACCGCCUGCACUUCCAGCCGCCAUGACUGUAGGAAAAUUGUACGCCCUCAAUCGAUUAAAACACAAACAGAUUUUCUGUAUUAACUCGAGGGUUAUAAACGUAUCAGGAUCUAUAGAUUGUGUUUGUUUCGAUAAGACUGGGACAUUAACUGAAGAUGAAUUAGAUAUGUGGGGCGUGGUUCCAGUAGAAAACAAUGAAGUGAAACCUGCGUUGAGAGAUGUUAAACAAUUAAAUAAGGCAUCGGCUCUUUUUAAAGGAAUGGCUACCUGCCAUUCUCUGUCUGUAAUAAAAGAACAGUUAGGUGGAGAUCCUCUAGAUAUUAAGAUGUUUGAAGCUACUGGAUGGGUGAUAGGAGAAUCCAUGGAUGAUAGGAAACAUAAUCACAUCGUCGUCAGACCGAAUAUAGCUUAUUCGGAAAAAGGGAUCGCCGUACAACUAGAAAUAAUUAAACAAUUCCAAUUCAUAUCACAACUACAGCGUAUGAGCGUAAUCGCUCUUUCCACACACCAUGAUCAAUAUUCAGUUUUCUGCAAAGGUUCGCCGGAAAUGAUCAUGACAUUGAGCAAGCCGUCGACUUUACCGAAAAAUCUUAUGGACGAAGUACAAAAAUAUACCGUACAAGGUUACCGUGUAAUUGCAGUCGCUACGAAAAAUUUAACGAUUAGCAGUGCCGAUACCGUCAAUAAAAUUGCUAGAGAAGAAGUCGAAUGCGAUCUGGAAUUUAGCGGAUUGAUAAUUUUAGAGAAUAAAUUAAAACCGGAAACAUCCGGUAUAAUAGAUACGCUGAUUAAAGCUAAUUUGAAAGUUGUUAUGAUAACAGGCGAUAACCUUCAAACCGGUGUUCACGUGGCUAAAGAAUGCGGAAUGGUGGAACCUAAUCAACAUAUCAUCGAGAUAAUAACUGAAGAACCGACCGAUCAACAACUGGCCACCAUCAGCUAUAAAAUUAUUAGUGAAGCCGAUAUAACAAAACAGUUCAAGACUAGGUCUGAUAUAGAAAAAUACCAACCGAGAAAUUAUUGUUUCGCCGUUACCGGUAAAUCUUGGGGAAACGUUGUGACGUACUUUCCAGAAUUAAUACCAAAAAUAGUAACAAAAGGAGUAAUUUUCGCUAGAAUGUCGGGCAUGCAAAAACAACAAUUAGUCGAAGAAUUGAAGACCAUAGGAUAUUAUGUUGCGAUGUGCGGAGACGGUGCCAACGACUGCGGUGCACUCAAAGCAGCUCACGUAGGAAUCUCCUUAUCAGAAGCGGAAUCCAGCGUAGCGUCACCGUUCACUUCAAAAAUUCAAAACAUCUCGUGCGUACCGAAAGUGAUCAAAGAAGGACGAGCAGCACUUGUAACAUCCUUCGGAAUAUUUAAAGUUAUGUUAUGCUACAGUCUGAUAGAAUUCACAUCGGUUAUGAUAUUAUAUAACAUAGACGCUAAUUUGACAGCUUUCGAGUUCCUUUACAUCGACAUAUUCCUCAUAUUAAAUUUCGCUUCUCUCUUCGGUAUGACGAAAGCUAAUAAAGUUUUAUAUAAAUCGGCGCCGGAAAACUCGUUGGUAGGAUUUAUUCCUAUUAGUUCUAUAGCUUGUUAUUUAAUAUUAUGCGCAGUUUUUCAAAUUUUCGCUUAUUAUUGGAUUCAAACUUAUAGUUGGUUCACUGCUUUCGUUUACGUCAAGUCUUCAGUUCAAGAUUAUACAUCGUAUGAAAAUUACGCGGUUUUCACCGUAUCUAUGUUCCAAUAUAUUACAAUGUGCUUCGUAUUUUCAAAAGGAAGUCCUUAUAGAAGACCUUUAUAUACGAACAUACCUUUUACUUUAUCGUUGAUCGUAACAUGUGCAGUUUGCGUUUGGAUGACUUUGAUACCUUUCGACUGGGUUAGAGACAUUAUGGACCUUGAAGAUACUCCCAUUGAAGGGGCUGUUGCUAUGAUAGUUAUAGCCGCUGUUAAUUUCGUCGUUAGUAUUAUUUUCGAGGACGUUUUAGUAGAAUGUUUAUUGGGAAAAAUUAUUGUACCGAAAUUCAGAAGCAUUCACAGGUCUCAUAAAAAAUAUUUGGUAGUUUUGAGAGAUUUAAAUAGAGAUUCCAGUUGGCCUAACAUAAAUUAUAAGGAAACUACAGUUUAUAAUUCAGGAGAAAUUACUAAUGGUAUCAACAAUAGAGGUUAUGUAGAUGAUGAGACUAGGUAGUUAGAAAAUUGUUUUGAAAAAUGUAAGCGAAUAAUUUUUGAUACAUGACUAGUUGAUUGUUUUAUCUUUGUCAAAUAUUUUAUGUAGGUAAUCAGAAAAGUAUAGUGUGCAACACGAGAGGACACAGAUUAUUAUCAGACAAGUAUUGAAUAUCCUAUUUUUCUAUUUUGUACCUAUAACACAAUAUGCAAACGUUUUUCUUGGGGGAAUGCGGGGCGGAACGAGACGGCUAGCUUUAAACUCGUUUUUUAAAUAUAAAAUUUCAAAUCUAGGUACUUCGAUUGAAGAAAAUAAUCUAUAAUUGAGUUAACCAUGGUUACAAAAAAUUACCAAUUAAUUGGAAAUAAUAGCAAAAUCAACUUUUCAACUAUUUCUCCUUAGUUAAGUUAGGAGGCACACAAAAACGGCCUCACCGUCAUCACUAUCAACGUCAGCACCAAUUGUGACAUGCUGAACCAGAUAUUCAUCCUUCAGUUGAUUUAGAAUAGAAUUUCAGACAAUAUAUUACAUCCUCUUCAUUAUCUUAAUCUGAAGAAUCAGAUUAUUUUUUAAAUACAAAUAUAUAUUUUUUAUUUUGACGACUCUUUUUUACUGAAUACACCGUUUACACCACCACUCACAAUAACACAGUCUGACGCGCGUUUCAAUAACCAAGUUAUCGUCUUCAGAGACUGAAGGUAAACUUUUUAGUUUCGUCAUCGUCUUCAGAGACUGAUGUAGUGGUGUAAACAGUGUAUUCGCCAACGGUUUCAGAAAUUCCAACGCAACUCUUUUUUUUUUCUCUAUUCUUUAUAUUCCUUUCAAUACGUUCUUUUCAUUAUCUAAAUAUAUUUUUCUUUUUAGCACGUUCCACUUUCUUGGCCUCUUUAAUGAUUUUCUUCAACUUUUUCUAACUCAUGGACAAUUGCUGUUUUUUUUGGACAUUCUUUGCUUGUUCUAUUCAAUUUUCGGAACAGGCACAACAUUUUUGAAGACACUGUUGAAUAUGAUGUGCUUUUUACUACUACAUCUGUCAUACAAGACCAUUGUAGUAGAUUGAACAAUCCAUCUCUCGUCACUUUUGAAUAAACUUCUUCAAUAAUUUCCUUAUGGAAUUUUUUAUCAUCAGCUUGAUCUUGAUCAAUUAACUCAAUGUCUGUUGUAGCCGCAGUGCGAAAAUCGUCAUCAGUAAAAACAGUAUUAUCAGGAGUAAAAAUUUCUGUUUUCUUGAAGCCAUUUGAACCGCUCUGCGUCGUAGAUGCUCGAAUAAAUGCAGCUCUAACUAAACUAGAAAUUUGAAAUAAUAUCACCAUUUUUCGAGAAUUAGAUCUCGUCCAUCCGAACUUCCUCCUCAUUGUAAACGCUAAUUGGUCUCAGUAAAGCAACGUACAGAGUUGAAUAUGGUGAGAUCAGAGGAUAGAGCACUUUUUGAAUCAGGCUAAAAGUAAUUCUGAUGUUACCUAAACCUAACCAGUUUCACUCACUUCAGCCUUUCCUCCAGGUGGCAGCCCCAGUUCAAACUCUUGAUGUGAUAUCAGCAAUUUGCCGCUAAUAUAUUAGAGUAAGUUUUGGGAUUCACCGCGAUUCCCGUCUCAUCACAGUUGAAAAUCUUGUUAGUGCCCUUGAAGUGGCUUCUGGUGAACGUAUACUAAUAUCAGGGUGCAAUAACGGCGACUUUUUUGAGAGCGAAUUAUUUAUGGCCUCUUCUAGUAAUUAUGGAGGUGUGUAAUUGAAUUAUCCACUUCGUUCUUCACCUAUUUUCUUAUAUUUUUAAGAAAAACUUUGAAUCUUUUUAUAUUUGACGUGUGAUCAAUUGUUUAUAGAGUUUAUCAGUAUUACCAACCAAUUAUAGUUACCACAAUUUUCUUUUUUAUCUGGUUCAUCAUCUGAGAUUUGUUUAAACAAAUCAUCUUUUCUGUAAAUGAUAAAUGGCUAAAAUUACUUUUGGGGGGGAGGGAGGCGAAUGAUGCCUACUAAUACUUGGAAUAUUAUGAGUACAUUUUCAAAUUAGUCCUGACAAGAACUGUCUUUAUAUUUUAAUAAAACUAUAAGAAGAACACAACGAAAAACAAAAUGAUUAUUUGUUUACAAUUUAUACAACUGUCAAUCAUAAUAUAUGUCAACAGUGCUAUGUAAAACCGGCUGCGAUUUGAUUAAUCAGGAAUCUACAGAAUUGCCAACAUAAAUUCAAAUCAGUCCUCCUACUUUAAAAACGGGGUUAAGUAUAAUAUUUAAACAACUUUUUAAUUCAAAAUAGAAAAUGGGAGUAAAAUAGAGAAAUAAUUUGUAUUAGACUUGUUUUAUAAGAAAAUUUUGUAGCACUCGUUGCUUUAUACCUGCACACGUCGUGUUCAAAAAAAAAACGCUUCUUCUUCUUCUUCCCUUCAUAAUAGACCUGUUCCUUCUUCGACAUCUUUCCUCAUCCUGACUCCAGAUUAUCACUCCUCCUAUUUCGUGGUCGACCUCUACUCCGUUUUCCAAUUGGAGAUUUACCCCUUACUGUUUUUACCAGUUUAGCAUCUCUCAAUCUACUUAUAUGUUUGUUCCAUUUUUUACGCUUCUUUCUAUGUAUAACAGUGUUAUAUAUUUCUGUGGUCUCCAAGAGUUGUUUCGUUUUUAAUGAUUCUGGUUUUGUUUCUGAUGCAUAGGUCAUUAUAAGCCUGAUUGUCACUUUGUUUGUUGUUUUUGGUGUUUGUUCCGCCAUACUACUUGUCCUCUUCCCUCGUCUUCUACGUCUUCCUAACUGGUUAUGUCAAUUCCAAAGUACUUCUAAUAAUCCUUGAAGAUCAACUUCAUUUUCGGCACAUAUCAUGGCGUCAUCGGCGUAGCACAGGAUUUUGAUUUCUGUGUCACCCAUUCCGUAACCUUUGCCUAGCUGCACCUUCCUUAUGAUUUCAUCCAUUAUUAUGUUUAAUAUUAUGGAACUGAGCGACUGUUAACGAUAUUGACUGGUAUGGGUUUUGUUUGUUUACUCAUAGGUAUAUUUCUAUUGUACAAUGUCCACUCUAAUACGGUCAAAUGCUUCUGUGAGGUCCAUGAAGCAUAGGAAAGCUAGUUUGUUAUAUUCUCAACUAGUUGUCGGAGAAUAAAUACUGCGUCCACGCAUGAUCUUCCUGAUCUGAAUCCUUGCUGCUCUUCUUCUAGUAUUGUGAUCGAGUUAAUAUUGUUGGUGAUCUUGUACUGGUUAGCCCAUCUGUCUGGUAUUUUACAAGCAAAUAUUUCGCGAGAUUUAGAAAACGCGUGAAACAAAAUAUUGUCUUAUAAAACUUGUAUAAUAAAUAAUUAAUUCCGCAUUAGUUGCAGUAUAUACUACUUUUUAGUGAUAUUGACAGGUAAAAUGAUUUUAAAAUUGGAGAUUUUUAUUUAUAUAGGUAUUUAUAUAAUUAGGAAAUAGAUUAUGUAAAAUACAGCAAACAUGCGAAAAAAAAGUGUACCUAUAACAUUGUCUUUAAAUAUAUUGUUGUUAUUUAAAAAAA